AUGCCACUGCAUAAAUACCCACCUGCCAUCUGGAAGUCUAUGAGGUUAAAGGAAGGUAUUUAUGCACGCCUGCCUGCCCAUUUUCUGAAAUCCCUGAAUGACACAGAGAAGCCCACUGCAGUACAUUGGAAACCACAUGGACUAAAAUACAGGAUAAAUCCAAAAACUGCACAGCGAGAGCGUGUUGCUGAUGUUCCAAUACUUCCAUACUUUCCUCCAGAAGCCAAUGAUGGACUUUGGGGUGGAGAAGGCUGGAUCAGUGGCUUUCGUUAUGCCAAUAAUGACAAGCUCUCGAACCGAUUAAGGGUUACAUGGAAGCCUCAGCUCUUCACUCGUGAACUAUACAGUGAAAUACUAGACAAAACAUUUUCUAUAAAGGUGACAAUGAGAACUUUGGAUCUUAUUGAUGCUGCUUAUGGAUUUGAUUUUUAUAUCCUCAAGACUCCACAGAGGGAUUUAUGCUCCAAGUUAGGAAUGGAUCUAAAAAGAGCUAUGCUAAUGCGUCUUGCUAAAAAAGACCCAGAUCUUCACUCUGAUGAUCAAACAAAAAGAGAACAGAUUUAUAACAAGUACAAGGCAUUUGAGAUUCCACUUGAAGAAGCAGAGUGGGUUGGCUUAACUUUGGAAGAAGCUGCAGAAAAACAAAGACUUCUAGAAAAGAAGGACCCUACCCCUGUUUUUAAAACUGCUGUAGAUGAACUUGUUCAUAAAAUAGCAGUUCAGAAAUUGGAAGAGCCAGCAGUCAUAGAAAACCGUCCUUAA